AUGACACCACUUAAUCUAGCAAAUCUGAAUCUUAUUCUCUCAUCACCUCAUGCCGGUAGUGAAAUACCAAAUGGCAUACCCGACCGUACCCCUGGUGGAUGCCGACAUAAUUCUACAAACGCAUGCACAUUUCACUACAACGAUACAUGCGCCGAUGACGUUCGCUGUCCUGUCACAACCGUGCAGGAUUUCGCAAGUUAUGAUCCACUUGCUGAACUACUCGCCAAAGAAUUGUAUGAAACCUAUAACGUUUUACCAUUUGUAGUUGUGGGUAAUUGGAAUCGUAAAAAGAUCGAUUUCAAUCGUGAAAUCGUAGAAGCAACAUUUCAGCAUCCAAAUGCAAUCAAAGCAUAUCAUGGAUAUCACGGCUAUAUCGAACGAGCAGUCAAGAAGAUCAAUAAAAAUUUCAAUGGAAAAGGUUUGCUCAUUGAUCUUCAUCAACAUGCACAAGGGAGAUACACAAUGGUUGGAAUGCGUCUAUCAGGAGUUCAGUUGAACACGAAUAAUUUAUCUUGUACUUCAAUAGAACGUCUGAUAGAACUUUCGUGUCCCGACAAUCGAAGUGAAUGUAUUUUCGGCUCGAAGGCAUUGGGUACUUUCCUUGAAUCAAACGGCUUGGGGACCGCCUAUCCUUCAUUGAACAAUCCAAAACCUGAGAAUAAAACAUUCUAUCGAGGUGGUUAUAUCACCAAUCGUUAUUCGUCGAAGAUCAAUGUUAUCCAGACUGAACUCUCCUUUGUCGUACGCAAUGAAUUCGAACCGAAAAUUGAAUCAUUUGUUACAAAAGAAUGA